AUGGAAGACAAACCUAUUCGAAUUAAUGAAAUAUCUGAUUGCCGACAAAGAGGAAUAGUUUGCAAAGGACCUAACUUAGACUCAUCUCAAUUUUUUAAGCAUAUUUGCAAUACUAUUAUAAACCAUCCGAGUUUAACAAUACAAGAAAAAAAAUAUCUAAUAAAUGAUCUAAUAAGAAUUAGAGAUACACAAAAUAUAAUAGAAGAAACUGGAGAAAAAAGACAAUGUGAAUAUUGCAAUAAACAAGUUAUAGCAAUUACUUACUGCGAAAGUUGUAUUCGCAAUUAUUUGGAAAAGCUUUUUAACAAAUGGACUACAAGAAAUGACGAACUUGAUAAAUUAAUUCGAGAAUGUCAACUUAAUGUUGUAUCUCCAUCACAUAUAAUCGAAUGGAUUCCUUUUGAAAAUUUUAAAAAUAUUGAAUUUAAAGAAGAUGGUAUUUUUUCUUCGGUAUAUAUUGCAACGUGGAAAAAUGGCCCAUUUAAAGAAUGGGAUGCCGAAAAACAUGAACUAAAGAGGGGUGGCAAUGAUACUUAUAUUCUCAAAAGUUUAAAAAAUUCAAAGACAGCGGAUGAAUUAUGGCCCAAAAAU